CUUCUUUUCUCAUUCUUGUUGCCUUCCCUUUCUUUCUUCGUCUUCUGCACUUUUCGCUUUUGUUUCUACUCACAUUUUAUGUCGAACAAUAUCAAGGUUGUCUGUCGUUUCAGACCUCAAAACUCAUUGGAAAUCCGAGAAGGUGGUGUUCCCAUCAUCGAAAUAGAUGAAGACGGGACACAGCUUGAGUUCAAGGUUCGUGCGGGGAAAUGAGGAUGGUUAGCAAAUGUUAUUUCUUUUCGUAUAACUCACACAAACCUACAACUUGUAUCAGGGUAAAGAUUUUCAAGGUAGUUUUGCCUUUGAUAAGGUGUUCGGAAUGGCCACACCUCAGAAAGAUGUGUUUGAUUACUCUAUCAAGACGAUUGUCGAUGACGUUACUGCAGGUUAUAAUGGCACUGUAUUUGCUUAUGGUCAAACAGGAUCCGGUAAAACCUUCACAAUGAUGGGUGCUGAUAUUGAUGAUGAGAAUACAAGAGGUAUUAUUCCUCGUAUCGUCGGACAAAUAUUUGACAGUAUUAUGGCUGCACCAAGUAAUCUGGAGUUCACCGUCAAAGUGUCCUAUAUGGAAAUUUAUAUGGAAAAAGUCAGAGAUCUAUUGAAUCCUUCCAACGAUAAUUUACCCAUCCAUGAGGAUAAGACACAUGGUGUUUACGUAAAAGGCUUACUUGAAGUUUAUGUUGGUUCUUCUGAUGACGUAUAUCAGGUCAUGAGAAAUGGUAGUCAGAAUCGUGUGGUUGCAUCAACUAACAUGAAUGCAGAGAGUUCAAGAAGUCAUUCCAUUGUAGUCAUUACAAUUACUCAAAAGAACAUUGACACUGGUGCAGCAAAGAGCGGUAAACUUUAUCUGGUUGAUUUAGCCGGCUCCGAGAAAGUAGGCAAAACAGGUGCAUCUGGCCAAACGUUAGAAGAAGCAAAGAAGAUCAAUAAAUCCUUAACUGCUUUGGGUAUGGUCAUCAAUUCAUUAACAGAUGGAAAGUCAAGCCAUGUUCCUUACCGUGAUUCAAAAUUGACUCGUAUCUUACAGGAGUCUCUCGGUGGUAAUUCCAGAACAACACUUAUCAUCAAUUGCUCACCAUCGUCUUAUAAUGAGGCCGAAACCUUAUCUACUCUACGUUUUGGUAUGAGAGCCAAGACUAUCAAGAAUAAAGCCAAAGUUAAUGCUGAUCUAAGUCCGGCGGAACUCAAGGCAUUACUAAAGAAAGUUAAAACGGAGACAAUCACGUACAAAGCUUACAUUGGUGCCCUUGAAGGAGAAGUUAAUCUGUGGAGAGCGGGCCAAACAGUUCCUGAAGAAAGAUGGGUUACCAUGGAAAAAGUAACCCGCGGUGAGUUUGCUAAUGGUGGGCCAUUGGGUACAACACCGACACCUACAGCCCCUGCCUUACCUCCUUCCGCUUUAUCCGGGUUUAAAAGCCCCUUAUUACCCGAUGAGCUUUCUCGUCCUUCCACUCCAGCUAUCAUUUUGGAGAAAGAUGAACGUGAUGAGUUCCUUCGCCGUGAAAAUGAACUUAUGGAUCAAAUUGCCGAGAAAGAAACAGAGCUUGUUAACCGUGAAAAGUUGUUAGAAUCUCUAAAAGAAGAAAUCAACUAUUACAAAGAACAGGAAGUGUCUGUCACCCAAGAGAACCAGCACAUGACAUCCGAAUUGAGUAAUUUGAGACUUCAGCUUCAGAAAAUAUCUUACGAAAGUAAAGAAAAUGCGAUUACUGUUGAUUCUCUAAAAGAGGCCAAUGCUGAAUUGAUGGCUGAACUGGAAGAACUCAAGAAGAGCCUUGUAGAGAUGAGACAAGCACAAAAGGAUAAUGUAUUGAGCGACAAAGAGAAGAAGAAAGCGGAAAAGAUGGCACAAAUUAUGUCUGGAUUUUCAAUUGAAGGCGAAAUGAAUGAAAAAGAACGCCAUAUGAAAGAUGCAUUGUUGAAACUGGAAUUAGACGGUGGUCAACAAAGCAUGUCUGUGGAAGAACUCAUGGCAUUACGUCGCGAUUUAUCCGAUUCACGAGCUUUAGUCGAAGAACAUACAAAGAGAAUUGACACUUUAAUGGAAGAAAAAUCUGCAAUGGAGAAGAAGAAGUCUGAAUUAGAGGCUCGCUUUGCUUCUUUGGAACAAGAAUACGAAGAGCUUCUAGAUAAAACUAUCGCUGAAGAAGAAGCUCAAGUACGCAAAAAUGAAGAUAUUGCAGAGACAAUAUCUGCUCUUAAAUCCAAGCUGGAGCAACAGUAUGCCGCUAAAAGAGAAAGUCAACAAAGAGAAAUCGAUCAACUGAAAUCUGAUCUUGAAGAAAAGACGGCUGAACAUACAAAGUUAGAUACGGCUAUCAAUGAUCUGAAAGCUGCCAAUGAAAAACUGCAAGCAGCAUUGUCGGAGCAGCCUACAGCAACAGGUGGAUUAGCAGCAGCAUCCCCAUCAGAUCUCAGUGUGAAAGAAAAAGAUCUUGAGCGCAUGAGAAAACAAAUGGCACAACAAUUAGCUGAUUUUGAAAUGAUGAAGAAAGCUCUUAUGAGAGACCUCCAAGGUCGCUGUGAAAAAGUCGUGGAAUUAGAGAUGUCUCUGGACGAAACACGCGAACAAUAUAAUAAUGUUCUCCGUGCCAGUAACAACAAAGCUCAGCAGAAAAAAAUGGCUUUCCUUGAGCGUAAUUUAGAACAAUUAACAAACGUUCAAAAACAGCUCACUAAAGAAAGAAGUUGCAGUGGCUGAACGUAAAUUACUUGCUAGAAAUGAACGUAUUCAAAGUUUGGAAACCCUCUUGACAGAUGCUCAAGAAAAGU